AUGAGCGCCCUGGGCGUGCUGUCCUUUACCCAGCAAAGUUGGGAACGAGUGCUGGCCAAAAUGAAACGGGCUCUGGUCUACCUGGACGCCGCCUGUGCCGAAAGCCUGCAUUGGGGCUGUGGAUCUACCCGGCUCCUGGAGGCAGUCGGGGGUCCUGCGUGUCACCUGCGGGAGUUCGAGCCCAAUGCGGCUGGCGGCGGAGCGGAGCAGCCCAAAGCAGUGUUUGUGCUGAGCUGCUUGCUGAAAGGCCGGACGGUGGAGAUUCUACGGGACAUCAUCCAUCGCAGUCAUUUUCAGUAUUGUGUGGUGGUCACAGCCAUGAGCCACGCUGUCCACCUCACUGCUAACCAUGUACCCGCGGCUGCAGCUGCUGAGUUAGAGGGGCAGCAGCCGGUGUUCGAGCAACUAGAAGAGAAGCUGUGUGAAUGGAUGGGCAAUAUGAACUAUGUGGCCGAGGUGCUACACGCCCCCUUGUUUCUCGCCCCUGUUGCUCCCCAUCUUGCCUUGACUCCAUCAUUUGCUUCGCUUUUUCCACUGCUGCCCCAGGAUGUGCAUCUCCUUAACAGUGCCCGACUAGACAAGAGGAGGCUGGGAAGUCUGGCUGAGGUGGAUGCCGCUGCCCUGACCCCUGAGCUGAUGUUGCAGAUCCGGUGUCUGGUAUCAGGCCUCAGUUCUCUUUGUGAGCACUUAGGGGUGCGGGAAGAGUGUUUUGCUGUGGGCUCACUCAGUCGGAUCAUCGCUGCAGAUCUGGCCAAUUAUGCCAAGAACAGAAGAAAAACUGCUUCAGGCAGGGCAUCAGUGGUCUUUGUGGACAGAACUCUGGAUCUUACAGGCGCAGUUGGACAUCAUGGAGACAACAUUAUUGAGAAGGUCAUCUCAGUGCUGCCCCAGCUUCCAGGCCACACGACCGAUGUGAUGGUUAACAUGGUCGAUCUCACUGUACUGCAGCCGUUUGGGGAGAACCACAAUAUGGUCGCUCCAGGCUGUCUCGCACAAUCCAAUGACACGGCUGCCAAAGCCCUCUGGGAAUUCUUACUGAGCACCAAGCAAAAAGAGGCAAUGAUGGAAGUUCGGAGACAUCUAGUGGAAGCUGCAAGCAGAGAAAACCUACCAAUCAAGAUGAAUAUGGGGAGAGUCACACCAGCGCAGCUCACGUCUUAUAUUCAGCUCUUCAAGAACAACCAUAAAGCUCUGAUGAAUCACAGUGGUCUCCUACAGCUUGGGCUGGCCACAGUUCAAACUCUGAAACACCCACAGACUGUCAAAUGGGACAACUUUCUGGCUUUUGAAAAGCUUCUUCUCCAGAGCAUUGGUGAGUCAGCAAUGUCUGUUGUGUUAAAUCAGCUGCUGCCCAUGAUUAAGCCUUCUCACCAGAGGACCAGCGAUGACUAUGGCCCUGAUGAGCUAUUCAUUCUCUUGAUAUACAUUUACUCUGUCACUGGGGAAUUCACAGUGGACAAAGCUGUGUGUGAGGCUGAAGAAAAAGUGAAGAAGGCAUUGGUUCAGGUCAUUUGUGAGGAAUCUGAAUUGUCACCGUUGCUGCAAAAAAUCACAGGCUGCGACUCUUCAAUUAACCUGACAUUGCUCAAAUCCCAAACUGCUAUGGAUGAACUCUUCACUUCGCUUCGGGAUAUUGCUGGAGCUCGGAACCUCAUGAAGCAGUUUAAGUCAGUAUAUGUUCCUGGAAGUCAGACCCACCAGGCCUCCUAUAAGCCAUUGCUGAAGCAGGUUGUGGAGGAAAUAUUUCAUCCCGAGAGGUCAGAUCCCAUCGAUAUUGAACACAUGUCUUCAGGCCUCACCGAUCUGCUCAAAACUGGAAUUAGCAUGUUCAUGAAGGUGAGCCGACCUCAUCCCAGCGACCACCCUCUCCUGAUCCUCUUCAUGGUGGGCGGAAUCACAGUCUCCGAAGCCAAACUGGUCAAAGACCUUGUGCCUUCUCUGAAGCCAGGAACCCAGGUCAUUGUGCUGUCCACACGACUCCUGAAACCACUUAACAUUCCUGAGCUGCUAUUUGCAACUGACCGGCUGCACCCAGACCUGGGCUUCUGA